GUUGCCAAGGGCCGGUCUCCAAGACGCAGGAUUCUAACCAUAAGAGAAAGAGUGGGAUAGAAGGAGAAACUGGGACCAACGUCUGGAGGGACUGGGAUUUUGAGCACAGUGGAUUUCUAGAAAUAAGGAGUACUUACCACUUUCUUGGAGGCAUCAGGGGACAGUGCGGAGAGUAAUCCAAAGGUUAUAACUCAUUCAGUUCCUAGGAGAGAUAAACAUGUUAAGAUGUAGAUUUGAUUAGCUGCCUUGGGAUUGCAAUUAGAAUAUUUCAGAGCCUCAUCAAUUCUGCUUAAUGAGGUCUGUAAGAACAGAAAUUAAUUUUAAAUAAAAUGCUUACACAACCUAAACUCCUUCGAAAACCUCUGCCUCCAAAAUCCCAACUUAAACCACUUCACCUAAAGAAAGGAAAAAAGCAGACAGGUUUCACCAAGCAAGUAUCCAAACAAAAAGAUUUUCUUCAACCUUGUCCCAGUAAAAUUAUUCCAACUGAAAUAGAGAAGAAUGGCUUUUUUGGAAGAUUUCCAAAGAGAAGAAAGCAAUCCCGGAUCCAUAUCAAAACCCUUCUUCUUAAAUGGCAUGCAAAAGGACCUAUAGAUCCUGCAUCAAGGCUGUUUUUAAAGAAAUAUCCAAGAUUCUAUAUGCUAUUUUCAAACAUUAAAGAUAGUGGUUCUUUCUAUUUGCCAAGUGACGAUUUGAUAAAAUAUGGAAGUUCAGAAAAGUUAAGUGAGCAACGUAAAAUGAGACCCUCUUUAAUGGAUUCAACCAUGUCUUCUGAGAUCUCAACAUCAACAAGUUCCCAAUUAGAAAUGUCCCAAGUAGGACAUUCAUCCAGCUUCAUAAAACCUGACCUUGACCAUUUAACUACACCAGACUCAAGAUGCUCUUCUAGAUUUGUGGAUAAACAUGAAACUGAGUCUAAGAAAGAAAAAGUGAAAUGGUAUGAAAAACUGAAAGAACCUCAUGAUACAAUGAAUAACCAAAUUUUUUCAUUUGAUGAUCUACCAGCAACUUUAGAAAGAAAGCCUAUUACACAGUAUUUGUUAGAUGUUUAUCGUAAAGAAGAGGAAAAAAUAGACUUUAAAGAACCCGUACCAAUAGAACAAAUGACCCGUUUUCCAGAUUCUACAGAAUCAGCAGAGUCUGAAAAAGAUCUUGUUGUGUAUGGUGAAGGUUAUUAUAAAGAAUCAAUGCACUUGUUAGAGGAUCAAAAAAUAAAUCUUGCCAAAUUAGCUAUCUUGAAAUGUCAAGAAUUUGGAAGAAAUGCACUUAGUUUAAAGGGUUUCUUUAUUGAUAAAUGUCCAGACUUAAGUAUUUUGGCAGAUCAAUUGGUAUAUCUUAACUUGUCCUACAAUAAUUUAUCAAUCUUUCCCCCAGAGGUGAUAAUUUUAAUCAAUUUACAAGUUCUGAUCAUGAAAAAUAAUCCCAUCAAAGAGAUCCCUUCUACUAUUGAAGAAUUAAAACACCUCACAAUAUUUGUCAUUUCCUUUAAUUUGCUAACUUCUCUUCCAAAAGGAUUAUUUACAUUGUCUGAACUUGAGUUCCUGGAUAUCUCCUACAAUGAAAUACCUGUUAUUCCAAAGGAAAUCCAAUAUCUCAGCUCCCUUAACUAUUUGAAACUUGAUGGAAAUGAACUAACAACUUUCCCACCUGAAAUUUUGAAACUUUCACUGGACAAAUUUUCUUUAGAAAAUAACUUCACCCACCCUUUGCUGUGGAAAGAGAAUUCUAAAAAUGAUGCUCAAACUCUCAAAGAUCUAGCUCUUUUGUCCUUAUCUCAAAAUGAACUAUGGAAAGUUUAUAAGAACCUCGCACCUGAAAUUAAGCAACAACUAAACACCUCUAAUUUGUGUGAAUAUUGCCGAGGCCCUUUGUAUGGUAAAGGACUUCGUCUCAUUCGACCCUUCGAUGUUUUUAAUAAUUCACUUAUUCCCAUCUUGCUUAAAGUCUGCUCUUCAAAAUGUUUUAUGCAUGCAGAAAGUGAUCCAAAUGUCUUGACUCUUUUGACCAGAUGAUAUUAAAGUCAUGGCUUCAUUAAGAAAACUGUAGUUCUACCGCCAAAUCAGGAAAUUUUGCAAUCUACAAGUUCUAUUAACAUCUCUUAGAGAAUCUAACUUUGGUGAAGUUGCUAUAAUACAAAACACAGACCUCUUAACCUGAAUCUUCUGUGUAAUCCAGGAGUUUUUCACAAAUGUAUUACUAAUAGCAAUGACUGGCUUUUUCUCAAAGAAGAAUCUGUAAGGGGCUACUGGAAAACAUGAAGUCAAGGACAAAUUUUUUUUUCAUUAUGUGUUCUACAUAAUAAAAAUGUAUUAUAAUCUCUACAAUAAACAUUUUUCUGCAAUUAA